CAGGGUUGCUAUGACGACCACGGAUAGCGUUUCUUCCUACGCCACGAGACGAGAGCCACUUGUUAAACCCAGACGCAUCACUCUCGCAGGGGGGGUAAUAGAAUACUAGCCAUCUCUCCUCAGCUACAGGCAGCGGUAAUUAUCGGACUUGCAUACAUUAGACUGUCGUCAGCCAUGUCGCGGUUUCGUCAAAGAUAUGCCUAGCGGUGAUUUUGUCGCCGUAGUUGGUAAACGCAUUGGAUGACCCUGUUUUGUUUUUGUUUUGUUACUGACAAGUUCCUCGUUGCUGCUUUGUUUCUGUCUAGAGCGGCGCGCUGUCCAGAUGGCAGCUCGCGGUAAUCAGCUUUGCGCGAGAAGGGCAGAGUGUCAACCACGCGCCUCCAGACUUUGAGGUAUGCAUUGAGGUGAAAUCCAAGCUAUCAUGUGAAGGAUUUGGUCGAGUGUGUGUGUGUCGAGCUGUGCUGCCUUACCCAAGGCAGUGGUCUGUAAAAUGUCACCUCCAGCACCGUGACCAUCGUGAGUUAUUCAACGACUCGGCUUCAGGAGGCUACCAGGCCAAACGGACGGAGCUGGACCUCACUGAAAGAGGGGAUGACGGAUAGAGGGAUGAGAGGAGAGAGAGGAGAAAGGCAGGAGAGAGGGGUGAUGACGGAGUACAGAAAGGGAAGAGGAGAAAGAGAAGGAAGAAGUGUGUGGAAAGUGGAGAGAAAAAACAGACAAGGAAUCCGAUCCUCGCUCUGGCUCUACAUCCUGGUCCUCUUCCUCACCUUUGACCCUGUGACCUCUCAGGGUCACUUCCCCCGGUUGGAGAACAUCGGAGCCCACAAGCCCGUCACCCUUUCUCCUGCCCGCUCCAGCUGCGGCACCCCUGAGCGCACCACCUACUGCCACAGCCCCACCUCCCUGGAGGAGCUCCACAACUGCAGCCAGGCGUUCUGCAACCAGGAGUGCCCCUACCGUUCCUCCACCCCACCCCAUGCACCCCUACUGCUUCCUGCACACUGGGGCACCUGUGUCACCCAUGACGGGCUGGACCCUCACUCCCGGGCAGGGACAGGGGGAGAGGGGGAGAGAGAAGGGGAUGAAUCCAGCAGGAGCGUGAUAUUCCGGUGGACCAAGGGAGGAUGCAUGGCCUCUCCUCCCUUUCAGAGUCUGGGACAUCUGGGCUCCUUCACCCUGGCUGUGUGGCUCAAACCUGAGGCUCCUGGAGACAUGACGGUGUUGGAGAAGAGUUCAGAGGCGCGGUUGGUGUUCCUGUUGACCGUGUCUGAGUCUGAGGUCAAACUACGGUACGGUCAGCCCAGCGGUCAGGUUGGCGCUCUGAACUUCAGCACCCAGGGCAGGCUCUCAGUGGACAGGUGGACCCACCUAGCUCUACAGGUGCAUGGCAAAAGCGUCAGUCUCUUCCUGGAUGGACUGGAGGAGGACGGGACGCCCUUUGACACUCGACCUCUGACCUCACCCAUCUCUGACAUCAAUACGGACAGUGCCAUGAGAGUCGGACUGAGCUCUAACGGGUCAGAUCAAUUCAUGGGCAGGAUGCAGGACUUCAGAUUCUAUCCCAACACGCUGACUAACAGAGAGAUAGUGGAGGUGUAUUCAGGCUUCCUGCCCCUCCUCCACGCCCAGUCAGAGUGCCGCUGCCCCCCCAGCCACCCCAGGGUACACCCCUUAGUGGAGAGGUACUGUAUUCCCAACGCGGUGGAGGACACCACUAAUAACCGUGUGUUGAGGCUCAACAUGGACGCUCACCCUGUCAGCUAUAUCAAUGACCAGGACAUGGGUACAGCCUGGGUGUCCAACAUACUGACUGGACCUGAGAACAUGGACCAAGGGCUGACCAUCACCAUAGACCUAGUCAACGGGCAGUACCAGGUGUUCUAUGUGAUCCUGCAGUUGGUCAGUCCCCAGCCAGAGGCCCUGCACAUCCAGAGGAGAUACAGUAACAGCAGCAAGUGGCUAGACUGGCAGUACAUGGCCAGAGACUGCAGCCUGUUUGGUCUGCAGAACAAUGGACCCCUGCUCAGACCAGACUCUGUCAACUGUCUACAGUUCCCCAGUGAUGUCCCAUACUCCGAAGGUAACAUCACCUUCAGUAUGUUGACUCCAGAGCCCAACCUGCGCCCAGGCUACAACGACUUCUACAACACUCCCGUCCUGCAGCAGAUGGUUCAGGCCACCCAGGUCAGGAUCCACCUGAGCGGACAGUACCACACGCAAAAUACAGGGGUGCCCCAACGCCACCGCUACUACGGUGUAAAUGAGAUCACCAUCAGUGGAAGGUGUGAGUGUCAUGGCCAUGCUGAUCAAUGUGACACCAGUGUGACUCCCUACCGCUGUGCCUGUCUUCCAGAGAGCCAUACAGAGGGACGCAACUGCCAGCGCUGUGCCCCACUCUACAAUGAUAAACCCUUCAGGUCAGGUGACCAGGUCCAGGCCUACAGCUGUCGACCAUGUGACUGCCAUGGCCACGCCCUCUCCUGUCACUAUGACAUCACAGCCGACGCCCACCCCACUGAACACUACAGAGGAGGGGGAGGGGUGUGUGACGACUGUAUGCACAAUACUACAGGUCGUAGCUGUGAGUCCUGUGUUAGUCAGUUCUACAGGGAAGUGGUUGCUGACCCCAGGUCAGAUGAUGUGUGUCGACCUUGUGACUGUCACACACCUGGCUCCAUCAACGGUAGUCUGGAGUGUGGCCCGGUGGGGGGCCAGUGUAAGUGUAAGAGGCGUGUGUCUGGCAGGCGGUGUGAUGCGUGUCAGGUUGGAUCCUACUCUCUACAGCCGUGGAGCCCCGAGGGCUGUCUGCCGUGCGGCUGCAGCGCUGCAGGCACCCGGGGAGACGACGGAACCUGUCACCAGCAGUCAGGACAGUGCCAGUGCAAGACACACGUAAUCGGUCGUACCUGUGACAGGUGUGACUAUGGCUACAAGCUGUUAAAUUCCUCCCACCUUGAUGGCUGUGUGGGGUGUGACUGUGACCCGGUGGGGUCCCUCAGCCCCUUCUGUGAGCCAGAGGGGGGCCAGUGUGAGUGCAGGGUGGGGGUGGGGGGCCAGCGCUGUGACUCCUGUGAACGGGGCCUCUACGGCCUCCACCAGGAGGGCUCCUGCAUCCUAUGUCUCUGCUCGCUUGACGGGACCGUACCUGGGACUGUGUGUGACCCCGAGACUGGACAGUGUGUGUGUAAGGAAAACACAGAGGGGCGUCGCUGCGACUCGUGUCGCCGUGGUUACCACAGCCUGGAGAGGAGGAACUCCUUGGGGUGUCUGGCGUGUGCGUGUGACGUCCGCGGCACCCUGGAGCGGGGUGUGUGUGACCCCGUCAACGGCCAUUGUCCCUGUAGGGAGGGGGUGGAGGGGGCCCUGUGUACACGCUGCUCCCUACACUACUACAACACGACAUCUGACCUCUACGAUGACAUCACACCUCACCCCUACUACAACAUGAUCUUUGACCCCCAGGGGUGUGUUCCGUGUGUGUGUGACCCCACGGGAACAGUGGAGGGGACGAUGUGUGACGCGGACACCGGGCAGUGUGUGUGUGUGCCCACGCGCCACGGAAGGGACUGCGGUAUAUGUAGGCCAGGUUACUUCCUCUCUGUGUCAGAGUUGGGCUCUGAGGUGAGCGCAUGUGUGGAGUGUGACUGUCACCCGGUGGGCUCGUCGGGACAGGUGUGUGACGGCCGGAUGGGGCAGUGUCUGUGUGUUGACCCCUCGGUGGGAGGACGCAGGUGUGACCAGUGUCAGGAGCUCCACUAUGGCUUCAACCCUGGCCUUGGCAGGUGCCAGGCAUGUGGGUGUAACUCCAUAGGAGGGGUGAAUGGGUCAUGCCACCCAGAGACAGGGAGAUGCCAGUGUAAGGCCUUGGUGACGGGGGACAGGUGUGACCGCUGUAUCUCUGGAGCCAGUCACCUGGACCCAGACAACCACCUGGGCUGCAGUAAAGCUCCUAUCCAGCAGCCCAGUCCAGUAGGGUCUGUCCUGACCUCUACCUCCAUCAGCCUGACCUGGAGGCCCCCUGACUCGCCCAACACACACACUCUCAACUACACACUGCUCCGGGACGGCCUGGAGAUACACACUACACAGAGACACUACCCAUUCAGCCCUGUAACUUAUGUGGACAGUGGUUUGUCUCCGUUCAUGGAUUAUUCUUACCGGCUAGUAACGGCUAACGUUAACGGUCAGACGGUGAGUGUUCCGGUCAGUUACCAGACCCUGGCCGCCAUACCGGACCCUGACCAUAUCCUUCUGACCCUGGUGGGCCGACCAGGACCGACCAUAGCCAACCUCAACUGGACCCGACCACAGAACACAUCAGGUCCACAAGAGAGGUUUGUGCUAACCUCAGUGGAGGCUGGUACUGGUAGGGAGCGUGUCCACUAUACAGGUCUAGAGACCCAGGCUGCAGCCGCUGGCCUCUCCCCCUACACCCACUACAACCUCACCCUGCAGGCCUGCUCUACUGGGGGGUGCACCUCCACCCCUCCCCUGCCCCUCCUCACUUCACCCAGUCCUCCACAGGGACAGCCCCCACCCAGGGUCAACGCCACCGGACCGCACCAAAUACACGCAGCCUGGGACCCCCCUGUUCGUCCCAAUGGUGUUAUUAUAAGGUACGAGCUCUUCAUACGAGGGCCAAUGGAAUCGCAGAACACCACAAGCCCCGCCCCAGAGCGUAGGGUGUUUGUGAGCAGUGGUUGGCUGGACCCCCGCCUCCCGUCUGGCUCAGCCAAUGAGAGCGCUCUGCCCCCUCCCCAGAGCGGUGCCAUGGUAACAGACCUGCAUGCCUUCUCCACCUAUCAGCUGCGAGUUCUGACUGUCAACAUGGCCGGCAGUGUGAUAUCAGACUGGACUACAGCUCGGACACAGGAGGGGGCUCCAGAGUUCGUGGCUCCUCCUGAGGUGUCGGCGGUGUCGUCCUCGUCCCUAAAGGUCGCGUGGAGGUCAGCGCGGGGUCAGGAGGCUAGAGGACAGGUCACUGAAUACAGGGUCAACCUGGUCACAGAGCAGAGCACCAACCCAUACGCACCACCUGUUAUCACACAGGUGCUGUAUGUAGCCAGUCCAUCAGAGCGUGUGUAUGUAGCAGAGGGACUAGAGGCCUACAGGAGAUACAACUUCACUGUGACUCUGUGUACCACACUGGGCUGUGUGACCAGCCUGCCUGCCUCCGGACGAACACUACCUACAGCUCCAGCAGGUCUCUCUCCCCCCAGGUUGAGGCCAGUGCAUGGGACACUGAUGGAGGUGACCUGGGACCCCCCCUCUCAGCCCUACGGACCCCCACCCCUCUACCAGGUGGAGCGAACCGACCUCUCUCUCUCUGACCCCCGUGACCCCGUCGUUAGGGGGGCUAGGUUUCCCGGCAACAGUUACUACCGGUUCCCCAGUGACACACUACCGGUCAACAGCGACUUCACAGACUGA